AGAGCACCUGUCCUUUAGAGAAGCUCACUGAGUGGCUUCACUGGGUCCCUGUCCCUUUCCGGCCAGCCUGCCCCGCUCUGUCUGUGUAACAAGUGUGGGCUCCCAGAGCCCUGGCUGCAGAGCUGGAGAAGACACCUGCAAUUUGGGAGAAGAUCUUGGGUUGGGGAGAUGGGGUGACCCUACCCAUCUCGAAAAGGGCACGGAGUUCCUCUCUUUCAGCCCCAGCCCUGUCCAGGCCAUGGGCAUCAAGACAGCACUGCCUGCAGCUGAGCUUGGCCUCUACUCCCUGGUGCUGAGUGGAGCCCUGGCUUAUGCCGGCCGAGGCCUCCUGGAAGCAUCACAAGAUGGGGCCCACAGGAAGGCAUUCCGGGAGUCUGUGCGCCCUGGCUGGGAGUACCUGGGCCGGAAGAUGGAUGUGGCUGACUUCGAGUGGGUGAUGUGGUUUACCAACUUCCGAAACGUCAUUGUCUUUGUCCUCUCGGGACACGUGCUGUUUGCCAAACUCUGCACGAUGGUCGCCCCCCAGCUCCGCUCCUGGAUGUACGCCGUGUACGGAGUCCUGGCUGUGGUGGGCACAAUGGGCCCGUGGUACCUGCUGCUGCUGCUUGGCCACUGUGUGGGCCUCUAUGUGGCCUCACUCUUGGGCCAGCCCUGGCUGUGCCUUGCCCUUGGUCUGGCCAGCCUGGCGUCCUUCAAGAUGGACCCCCUGAUUUCUUGGCAGAGUGGGUUUGUAACAGGCACAUUUGAUCUUCAAGACGUGCUGUUCCACGGGGGUUGCGGCUUCACGGUGCUGCGGUGCACCAGCUUCGCGCUGGAGAGCUGUGCCCACCCUGAUCGCCACUACUCCUUCGCUGACCUGCUCAAGUACAAUUUCUACCUACCAUUCUUCUUCUUUGGGCCCAUCAUGACCUUUGACCGCUUCCAUGCUCAGGUGAGCCAGGAGCCAGUGAGGCCAGAAGGCGAGCUGUGGCGCAUCCAGGCCCAGGCAGGACUCAGCGCGGCCGCCAUUGUGGCUGUGGAUGUCUUCUUCCACUUCUUCUACAUCCUCACCAUCCCCAGUGAUCUCAAGUUUGCCAGCCGCCUCCCUGACAGUGCUCUGGCUGGCCUGGCCUACUCAAACCUGGUGUAUGACUGGGUGAAGGCAGCCGUCCUCUUCGGCGUCGUCAACACUGUGGCGCGCCUAGACCACCUGGACCCUCCUCAGCCUCCUAAGUGUAUCACCGCGCUCUACGUCUUCGGGGAAACGCACUUUGACCGUGGCAUCAAUGACUGGCUUUGCAAAUAUGUAUAUGACCACAUCGGCAGGGACCAUUCAGCUGUGAUCCCAGAGCUGGCUGCCUCCGUGGCCACGUUUGUCAUCACCACUUUGUGGCUUGGGCCUUGUGACAUCGUCUACCUAUGGUCUGUCCUUAACUGCUUUGGCCUCAACUUUGAGCUCUGGGUGCAGAAGCUGGCUGAGUGCAGGCCACUGGCACAGAUUGAGGCCCGGCUGUCGGAGGGGAUGUCUCGAAGGGUCCGGGCCCUCUGCGGGGCUGUAAACUUCUGGGCUAUUAUUAUGUACAACCUUGUGAGCCUGAACAGCCUUGAGUUCACGGAGCUGGUGGCCCGACGCCUGAUACUUACAGGGUUCCCCCAGACCACAUUGGCCAUCUUGUUUGUCACCUACUGUGGUGUCCAGCUGGUAAAGGAGCGUGAGCGAACGCUGGCACUGGAGGAAGAGCAGAGAAAGGACAAGGAGAAGCUGCAGUAAAGGUUUCUGCUCAGCUGCUUCUGGGCCCCAGCCCAGGCCACGGAGCAGGACCAAUAGAAUAAAGGACUUUUCUACCAUCG